AUGUGUGCUCCCCUUCCCCUCUCCUCCUUCCCCUCUAACACCCACGUGUGUGCCCUUCCCGACCCCCUCUCCUCACGCACUGCCCUGGUGCCCCCUUCCCGCCCCCGGCCUGGACACGCGCCCCUCGCGCGCGCGCCGGGCCUGGCGUGCCGGCCGCGGGGGCCGUCUCCUCCACCUCUCCCCCCCCUCUGUGCUCUCCUGGCGUUACCCCUGAAGGUUUGGUUUCAGAACCGAAGAGCCAAGUGGCGCAAGAGGGAGAAGUGCUGGGGCCGGAGCAGCGUGAUGGCCGAGUACGGCCUCUACGGGGCCAUGGUGAGGCACUCCAUCCCUUUGCCCGAGUCCAUCAUCAACUCAGCCAAGAGCGGCCUGGUGGGAUCCUGCGCCCCGUGGCUGCUGGGCAUGCACAAGAAGUCCAUGGAGGUGACUCGCAAGGCCGAGAGCCAAGAGAAGCCGACGGAGGGAGGCUGGCAAGAGCCGCGGCCCGGGGAGGAGCGCCAAGGGAAGGCGGCCGCUUCCCCGAGGGGCCGCGACGCGCUCGGCAGCCCGGCGGACGCUCCGGAGGACGCGGCCAUCGACCUCUCCAGGACGGCCAAGCAGGAGAAGGGGAACGUGGUGCUGAGGCCGGGCCUCAACAGAGACCCCCCCGCAGAGCUGGAGGAUGGGGACCACUGA